AUGUCUUCAGAACAUGGAGCUAACAAACGGCAUCAUAACCCAGUGGACAGUAUAUGCAGAAAGAUCAAAUCUAUCCAAAUGAUGGACCAAGUUUCUAACCCUGCUUUGCAGAUACCAAAAUUUCAGUCCCGGAACUUUGACAGUCCACAAUGCAAUAUCAAAAAAAAUCUAGAAGAAAUACUGAAGAAAAGAACUUUUAAAAGUCAUGAUAGUACUGGUCCACACUUAACCAGUUCCAGCAGUGACAAUGUUUUUUCUGGAGACUUGCAGUUGCUGUCGCCUUAUCCCAGGCGUAUAUCUGACUCCUGCUCAGCACAUGCCACCUAUUCAAUUAUCAAAAGUGAUGAGAGAUCCAGCAACCCAUGGAUGCCAGUAUACCCCAUGGAGAACUGUUCUCCACCCUACUUCAGAUCUAGAGAGGCUAAUACCCAGAAUAAACUGUGUGCUUUAUCAAAUAUUGAAUAUAAAGACAUGCCUCGUGAACAGAAGUAUCUUACCUCAAGUCCAAAUUUAUAUUUCUUCACAUCUGAUAAAAGGCCAGAAAGUGCUGUGAUCCAAUCUCCUGUGCCAAAGAGAUUAUCUUUGAGUGAAAGAGGAUGGAAGCAGUCGCUGGGGCACAAAGCUGACAAAAUGUAUGAUGUGAGCUUGAUCUGUGAAGAAGACUUACUCACCACUAUCUUCUGUGCAUGUGACGUAGAGCAUACAGAUCAGAAAGAUGUCUCUGUGGACCUGGAAACAUAUCAUGCCAUCAUGAGAGAGUGGAUUGAAGACUGUAAGAGAAAAUGGGAAGAUGGUGCCCCCGAGGAACCAACAGCAAGCAUGGAAGACGUGGAAUUUAAAGUGCCUAAAAACACCCCUGAAGCGAAAAAGACGCAUGUCCGGAUGAAUGUUACAUCAGGAAGUUUGGAGGCCUUUGGGGGUGAUGUGUCUAAAGGAGACAUGGAGACUUCUGACUUGAUAACCUGUGUUGCGGACCUACAGUACAACAACCAGAAGCUUCAGGAAGAGAACAACAAGCUAAAGAUCACACUGGAAGCUGUAGAUGAGACCAACAACAAGCUAUUGGCAGAUAAUGAGAAUCUACGUCAACAAAUAAAAAGGCAAUGUGAGAUAGAAACUGUCAAGCAGUUACAAGAAGAAACUGCCAGUCAGGCAGAAGCCCUUGGUUUAGAGCUGCAAAAAGCUACAAGGCAGCUUGAGGAUGCCAGAAAACAGGCGGACGAUCGAGUUGAAGCCUUUCACUCUGCUUGUGAGGAAGCUGCAUCCUUGAAAUGCAAGUUAGAGGAAGCCAUUUCUGAGCAGCAAAAACUCAAGGACGUGAAUGCAGCUUUAACAAGCACUUGCCAGUUGCUUCAAGAAAAGGUGGAAGACCAGAAAAGCUGCCUUGUUAUGGAGGAAAAAUCACCCAAGUGCUCACGUGAAAAAGAGGAAGAUGUGCCAACUUCUGUAGCAACGGAGAAAAACAACGAUAAGGAUCCGGCUGGUCCUGUGUCAGGAGUGGAUCUAACCAAGAAGGAACUUGGCCCCAUGAUGGAAGAAGAUAAAACCGCAUUUCAAAAUGUUUCAAAGCAAGACCCGGAGGUGGACCAGCAAAAGAAAAAUAAUAAAGAGGAGAGUGAGGAAGCACCAGCUGUGGUUCCCAGUAGGAAAGGGAGUUCACCCACUGCAGGUGGCAUUAAAGUAGAAAAAACAAAGCAAAAUGAGCCUGAAUCUCCUAAUGAGAAAGAAGUGGAGGCUGAAUUUUUGAGGCUGUCUUUAGGUUUUAAAUGUGACUUGUUUACCUUGGACAAGAGAGUGAGGCUUGAAGAAAGGUCCCGAGAUUUGGCUGAAGAAAAUUUGAAAAAGGAGAUCACAAAUGCUCUAAAGAUGUUGGAGGCUUUAGUUCCUUUGUGUGAAGAAGACAACCAAGCGCAGGAAAUAAUUAAGAAGCUGCAGAAAAGCUUGCAGUACCUCAGCCAGUACGCAGCCCGGGUUGCCAGCAGAGCAGAGAUGUUGGGAGCUAUUAAUCAGGAGAGCCGUGUCAGCAAGGCUGUGGAAGUAAUGAUUCAACAUGUGGAAAACCUGAAGCGCAUGUACGCAAAAGAGCACGCAGAACUUGAGGAGCUGAAACAGGUCCUGCUCCAGAAUGAGAGAUCCUUUAGUUCUCUUGGAGAUCGAGAUGAAUCUACGAAUAAAAAGCUGCCAAAUUCUUUUAAGGUAAUGCCACCAUCAUCCCUUCGAAGAGUUAGCAUUGCAGCAUUGCCUAGGAGUGCUGGAAAUGCAGGUACUGGGUUGCCGCUGGGCCAGCUCCAUGAACCUGAGGGAGAGGAACGAAGUGAUAAAUUCAACAGGAGAUCAAGCAGUUGGGGACGGCUGGGAGCAAAGCAAAAUGAGAAGCGUCCUUCACUGCAGCGGUUCAUUAGCACGUAUUCCUGGGCAGAGUAUGAAGAUGAACAUGCUGAAACAAAAAACAAGCAGUCAGAAUCACCUGCUGAAGUACAAGAAGAACCAUCAAGGAAGGAAAGUGUCUCUGAAAAAGGAAAAAAAUCAUCAAAAUGGAGCCUAGAGUCAGCGUGCAAUUUAAUGUCAGCGUGGGCAUCCCAUUUCAAGACUUCCUUUUCCAACGCUAACAAAACUCUCUGGGUCUCUGUUUCCAUCCUGGUGCUGCUCGCUGCUCUUACAAGCUUCCUCACUGGGCUGUCUCUUCAAAGACCAGCAGAUGCAGCGCCUGUCGGAACUGGGGACUCCUGGACUUCACUACAGCAGCUGUUGUGGCCAUAUACAGGCCUUCAACACAACGGACCACCCCCAGUAUAA